CUUUUAGUUAAAACAGCUGAUUCUCAUUCAACUGGUUUUGGCGGCUUAAAAGAUUCGCAGCUCUCACGUCCUGACCAGCAAUUAUUUUUCCUUCCUUUUUUUUCAAACUGUAUGCUGAUGAUUAUGACGAUGAAUAUUGCCAGAGGUUCUUGUUUUCAUCGAUUGGCACGAUGGGGAAUAGGAAAAAGACAAGUCAUUGGGCUCGACAGUCGAGCCUUUCAUGGAAUGAAUGGUUCGAUGAUUGAAAUUUCGGAUGUAGUUACUCAAGCUAUCAAAAAUAAUGAACCUGUCGUGGCUUUGGAAUCGACAAUCAUCACUCAUGGUAUGCCUUAUCCCGCAAACCUUGAAACUGCCCUCAAGGUUGAAAAUGUCAUCAAGGCUAAGGGAGCUGUUCCUGCUACGAUUGGAAUAAUUAAAGGCCGUGUUCAUGUGGGAUUAACUGCAGACCAACUUGAGUUGUUGGCAACCAUGAGAGAGCCCUGCCUCAAAACUUCUCGAAGAGACUUACCCUAUGUUCUCAGCAAGAAAAUUAAUGGAGGUACAACAGUGUCUGGAACCAUGCUUGUAGCAGCCAAGGUUGGCAUUCCAAUAUUUGUGACAGGAGGCAUAGGUGGAGUUCAUCGAGGGGCCGAAGAAAGUUUCGAUAUUAGUGCCGAUCUGACAGAACUUGGCAGAACUCCCGUCGCCGUCGUGUCCAGUGGGGUCAAAUCGAUUUUGGAUAUUGGCAAAACGUUGGAAUAUUUAGAAACACAAGGAGUUUGCGUGGCGACAUUAGGAUCAAACAAUGACUUCCCGGCGUUCUUUACACCAUCCAGCGGAUUCCAGGCUCCUUAUCGGCUGGAAACGACGACUGAUGCUGCUCGCAUGAUCCACCAGAGCUUGGCUUUCGACACUGGUAGUGGUAUGCUUAUCGCCGUGCCGAUCCCCGAAUCCAGCCAGGCUGACGGUGAAACGAUCGAACGAGCCAUUCGAGCCGCCCUGACCUUGGCUGAUCAGCAAAAUAUCCGAGGAAGAGACGUGACGCCUUUUGUCCUGUCCCAAGUCAAUCGGCUAACAUCCGGCGCCUCUUUGACAGCCAAUAGGGCGCUAAUUGAGCAUAACGCUGCCAUCGGAGCAGCCAUUGCUGUGGAUCUUGCCCGUCUAAGACAAUCAACGAUAUCGACCGGGAACAGUUGCUCGACGCCACCGCUGCAAAAAUCAGGAGAUCAUUGCCCUACGGUCGUCAUUGGAGGAUCCAUCGUGGAUUUGGUGGCCGCCGUUCAGGAGGAUUCUAUUCAAAUGGAUGCGAGUACCCACCGCGGAAGUAUCAGUCGUUCGUAUGGCGGCGUCGGCAGAAAUUUGGCAGACGGGCUGAGUCGACUAGGCAAAAGGCCGCCACUUUUCGUAUCGGUCGUCGGAGACGAUGAAUCCGGACGGGAUCUCAUCCGGCACAACCCUUUGAUGGAUAGUCGUGGAAUCUUUCGACUCGCUUCGGCAUCCACCGCUUCUUACACUGUCAUCCUUGAUAACAAAGGGGACUGCCAAUUUGGUAUCGGAGACUUGAAGAUUCACAGCCAGCUCACCGUUGACAAGGUGAGGCAGUACGAGGAGGACAUAGCCAAGUGUCGCUUGCUCAUUAUGGACGGAAACAUCGAAUUAACGACCAUGGAGUACAUCCUUGACCUCUGCCGCUCUACCAGAGUUCCAGUUUGGUACGAGCCGACUGAUACAAAAAAAGCAGCUAAACCAUUUACGAUAGUUGGAUGUCGAUCAGCGAUUGCCUAUACUUCGCCCAAUUUGUCUGAAUUAAAGAAGAUAGUCGAAACCAUUCAGCCAGGACUGUCCUGUAAAAAUGAUUUGAAUCUUAAUCAAACUAUCGAGGAAAUUCAAGACCCUCUUACCAAAUUGUGCAUACCGCUGCUGGAUACCGCACAAUGCAUAAUGGUCACUUUAGGAAAACUGGGAAUGAUGAUUGUUCGCCGUGGAGCAAAGGCAGACAGAUUACCAGUGGCUCCAUGGCAGCACCAACCAAAUGACGAAAUCACUGCCACCUACUACUCGGCACCUACUGUGGACCACAUAGUCAGCGUAUCUGGAGCAGGAGAUUGUUUGGCUGCUGGAUUCAUUACUGGAAUAAUCAAUGGCUGGGAACAAGACAAAUGUGCGGCGUUUGGGCUCCAAGCGGCUGCCUGCUCGCUCCGACAUUCCCCUGCUGUCCCUGCAGCACUUUCAAAUUUGCAAUUAUGCUGAGCAUGCUAUUUUUGCACCAAAAGAUUUUGUUUACAAUAAAUCAGGAGGGAGUUACUCCUCCACUAUAAUGGGAUGCCGUUCGUCAAGGACUUCUGAGUCUGCAUUAAUCUUGAAACCAUUCAUCUUACCGAAAGCAGCAAUUCCUAGCAGACGGAAAUUGCUCUGCAGUCGAGCACCUCAAUCAUCCUGAGCGUGUGCACGACAGAAUCAGUAGAGGUGCAUUAGGUUUCUUAUUUAGACCAGAGUUAUGGUAUGAACAUCAAAUUAAAUGAAACCCUGAACGCGACGUGAAACGCCUUACAUGACGAAUCGUAGAAAUAAAAUUUUAUUGGCAAACUCGUUGAACAGUAUUUCAGUUGAGAAGUACAGUAACACAAUGAUUUGAACAGAAAUAACCCAUAGAUUAGCAGUCAAAUCAGAUUCAUAGAAAGCCUAUGACUCUGGUCAAACGUACGAAGAAUUCAGAGUACAGAAAUAAUUUUGCAUGAUUUCGUUGCGUUUACCUAAAAAAAUUACGAGACUAUACUUUUAAGUAAGCCUAGAAAUAAACUGGUUGAGUUAACGUGAUUUUAAUCUGAUUGAUUCAUUGAAGCAAAUGCAACAACCUAGAAAACCUGUUGGCUUUCGUCAGAGUCAUAUCUAUAAUCAUAUCAAAUCUAUCACCGUCAUAGAACCCUGGGGUCUAUGACUCUGCUCUGCUAUGACUCUGCUUUCGUUUAAGCACUCUGCGACUCUGGUUUAAUGUCGUAUAAAAAUGUAGUUUAAAUUUAUAUUACAUAUUUUUCAAUCAUUUAAACUAAGAAUUCUAGUGUGGAACGUUUAUUAAAAUGUAAUUUAUCUUAAUAAAUAAUAAUCAAUAAUAUAAAUGUAUUUCGGGUUUAUCGGAUAAAAUUUAAGCUGGCAAUGUUGUGCGACAGAACAAUGCAGCCGAAGUUUUCUUCAUGUGGUUAAUCGGUGUUUUAAAUCACUCUAUCUCGUAGCAUGGACAGAAGCAGUCAAUCAAAAAAAAACUGUACAACAAGAAACAUGGUUCGUUUUUCUUCGACACGUCCUGAAUCUCUGCAUGAAUCGUUGGUUGAACUGCGAAAGGAAUCUACAUCCGUCAGUUAAAUAUUCUUGGAAUCAGUCCUGUACUCCUUUACAAUCAAGGCAGGGCUGCAUCCCUCAUGCUGGCCUGGUUUGGAUUUACUGUCUAAAUUAAAGGUGUAUUUGUCAGCCAGAAGCCAUGAUAGCAGAAGUUGCUGCUUACCUCAUACUGUAUUGGAUUUACCUGGUGGCUUGUCUGACUUGAAUGGUGUAUUUGCUGCCAGAUGCCAUGGUUGCAGCAUUUGGGGAAUCACUGUUCUUGGAGAGUGAUCAUUAUCUAUUUGGUUCAUCCAGUAUUCCACUACAUGGCUGGGUAAAGAGGGCCAAUUUUAUUCAUCUCUUCCGAUGUAACCACGUGGGUUUUGGAGUAUGAUUUGGAUGUUGCUGCAUAAUCGGGAUGAGUGAUAUUACCAAAAUCCUGUGGUGACUAAUAUUGUUUGUUGAAAUACACCUGUUAGAACGUUAAAA